AUGGAAGACGAUGAACUUGAUUUCGAAAAUUUUGAUUAUGGAGAUAUUGGCGACUUCGAUGUUAAUGACUUUGAUGUCGAGGCGAUGGAUAAAGAGCUUGGGCUAGAUUCCCCUUUGCCCACCAAACUAGAGAUCACAAAGCCAUCCUCAACAUCAAACAAUUCCACAACGAAUCCGAUAAGCUCAACAGCAAAUACAAACUUUGGGUCUUCUACUACCACUACCACCACUACCACAACGGCAGCAGCAACGGCAGCAGCACAAACGGGAACGGGAACGGGAACAGGAAUUAUCAAAACCACAAUAGGAACAGGAGUCGGACCAAAGACAACAAAACCAUCAGAAUCUGUAUCCUUGUCAAAGGCUACGCUAACAGACUCUAACAAAAAAGAAGAUGGUGAGGUGGAAAACACGAAUGGAAAGGGUAGACCAAUGUCUUCAAUGAGAGAAUCUACCGGUCGUCCUAAUUACCAACGUCCAAUGGCUCCAAUGGCACGUAACAAUCACAUGAUGCCAAUGAACCCGUACGGUGUCCCGAUGAUGAAUUAUUCAGCCCGUCCAGCACACAGAAUCCAUGUAAACCCAAAGUUCGCGGGCGCGAUCCCAAUGCAGUCAACCAUACCAAUCCACUCGGACCCUCAUCGUAUGCAACGGGAACGCGAAUUGGACGAACAAAGGAAAAGACUUGUCGAGGCCCAGAGAAAACGACAGAACGAACGCCAGCAGUUCCAUCAACAAGAACCCCAAGAUGGACAUCGUUUGCAAGAAAAGCGCCGAAUGGGACAAUAUGCUCCCGAAAACAGAGCUCCAUUCAACCCUCCUCAUACAGAAAUGAUCGAUUUACCAUCACCACAAUCACCACCACAUAUCACUCAUGCGUCACGCUCCGAACCACGGCCUACUAUGGGACUGUCUAUCAAAGGAUCGGCUGCUGCUGCAGCCAAGGCAGCUGCUAGUGGUGUCAGAGGAAAAGCGACCGGAAGAAGAGGAAGCAGUAAUCAUAGCAAUGGUGAUAUUGAUACAAGUAUGGUUAUUGAUUCACCCAAACAUGUGUCUCCCUCAACCACUGGACACAACAGCAACAAUAGCAAUGCUGGGUCUGGGCUCGUGACUAACCAUCGUACCCAAGACCGUCGCCCCCAAGAUCCUGCAGACACUGCUGCUUCGCAAAACAUCCGAAAACUUAUGCACCAAGUCACUGGCCGCUCAGCUCACGAGAUUAACAACCAACAUCAACAUCAACAUCAUAACCAACAACAUCCUUCUACAAAUACAAAUCAUAUCAACAAGACUUCACGUCCCCUAAAGUCCUCGACAUCGCCUUCUCCUCCUUCCUCUUCCUUAUCCUCCAACCAUAACAAGAAUAGCCGACCUGCUAUUACAACGAGAAUCUCUGACCAUUCAAACUCCAGGCACCUGGACUCGUCCAAACCAAGCCAAUCGACCGCCAAUUCUGGAUCAAACACACAACGGUCCAAGUUGAAGAUCAGUAACCUCAGUAAUAAUGUAACCGAAGCUGAUAUUCGGUCAAUGCCUCAAUCAGGAGGAAUAGAGAACUUGCAAUUGGAUUCAUCAUCACAGACAGCCAUUCUGACCUUUAACUCCAAAGACGCAGCCGUAAUAUUCCGGCGACAGAACAACAAUGUGUGUUUAGUAUGCUUAAUAUUUAGUAAACUGACUAUUUGUAUUGGGGUUUUCUUUGUGGUAUAG